GCCACUGGACAGAUUCCCAUUUUGUGGUGAGAUGGCACACAUGCUUUCUCUAAAGGCUGCGAUUCUGCUGUCUUUUUGCUCUCUGCAUGCGAAUGCAGCAGAGAUCACUGAAAAUGGCUACCCCAUUCUGUGGGAGAAAUCACCAGGCCAGCUCACCGAACUGCCCUCUGUUGAUGAUGUGAUUGUCAUCAACCCAUGGAACUAUCUGCAGAGGAUGAGCUUGCACAAGAUAAUGCUGAAUGCCACAGACAUGUACAUGACCUCCAUGGGAGAAAAUGCUACUGAAAACCCCUUGUGGGGACUCCCUCUGCAGCUAGGCUGGAUACUUAAGUCAGGUCGAUUAGUUGACCCUUCAGGUGUUAAUUCUUGUGGGAAAGAAACAGGGGGUCCUAUGUGUGUUUCACCCAAGAGCUGGUGGGCAUGUGUUAAUUAUUAUCUAUCUGUGAUUCCAUUCCUGGCGGCUGUGGAGACGGGCAUUGUUGGGCAAGGCUUCAAGAUCCAGAUUCAGGCACCCAGUGAAGAGUCUGAGGACUACUGCGUGUCCUUUUCAGACUGCACUUCAAAGCAGCCAGAAAUGAUGUCCAAAUGGGAGACCUUUUUCCUGGCCCUGAAAAACCUGAGCUCAGCAGAUAUUCCACAGUUUGAAAAAAAAGACCAAAUACUAGGAUACAUGUGGGAAGCUCAACAAGCCUCUAUGCAUGCAGGGUCCAAAUGUAAAGAGCGCCUGAAACACUACUCAACCCUGGAGGUAACCUUCAGUCGCAGCUGGAUGAAGUCUGUGGACUAUGUGGCGGCCACACGCUUCCAUUCCAACAUGGAGAGAUCCAAGCUGUUCACAUCUCCACUCCCAAGUAAGAUUCUUCGGGAGGGAGACAAGCCACCCAACAUCCCUGGCCUCAGCUCGGAGGAGAAUCACACCCUCUACGUCUUCACAUGGAUGGACAGCAUGAACACGCUUCUUGGUGGAACCUUGGUGCAGAUGUGGGAAAGUGCCAUGUGCUCAGAGAAGACUCGAGAAAAAGGACAGGCACUUCUGCAGGACCUGGUCUUAGACCCCAAAUUUGUUGUUUCAGGACUCUUUACCAUCCUGAUAGAAAUGGGUUCCAGCUGCUAGGUUUUCCACAUUGUUCGCUACACUCCAGCACAGUUCACUACCAGCACUGGAGACUAAAUCAGAAUUCCUGAAUUAAAUUCUUCUUUCAAACACCU